CGGAGCUCGAGCUCGGAACGGCAGCGGGAGAGAAGUAACCGCUCCCCCCUGCUCUUUCUCCUGUUAACUACAUAGAGUUGCAGCAGGUUGUACCUGUGGAGCAAGCCGUCGCCCAAAAUGAACUCCUCUGACUAAGUUUGAGUGUAUCUCCUGACGAGCUGCUAGCCACCAGCAGUCGAAGCCAUGCCUGAAGAGUGAAGCCCCUCAUUGCUCAUAGCAAUUAAAAAAAAAAAAAGAAUACAAAAAAAAAAAACCUACAUGAUUCUCCAUGUAGUCUGCCCUCUGUGCUCCCUGCUGGAGUGAAUCCCCCCCCUUUGUCCUGAUAGGCUUUGCCCUGUCCUCCCAUCCCCUUUCUGUCCCUCCCACAAACACACAGAGUACACAGCACCUUCUUCACCAUCAACAUCAUCACCCUCAGUCCACACCCAUCCGAAACAUGUUGCUGUACCUAAGAAUGGCCCCCACCUAAAGUUCCAUGCGUCCAGUGAGUGGAGAGUCGGACGUCCCAGCCCCCCCCGGAAGUGUGUCGCGGGCCUUCCCCCCUCCAGGCCCCCUGCCUUCCUCAGAGAUGUCCCUGCUGCAGUCGCUAGGCCCGGUCCAAAGCUGGCUGGGCCAGGAGCUGGAGAAGUGUGGGAUCGACGCUAUGAUCUACACGCGCUACAUCCUCAGUCUUCUGCUGCACGACAGCUAUGAUUAUGAUCUGCAGGACCAGGAGAACGACAUCUUCCUGGGUUGGGAGAAGGGAACAGGGAGGAAGUGGGGGAAGAGUCGGAGAAAGGGAGGGACGGACCUGAGUCUGGAGGAGAUGAAGAAACAAGCUGCCGUGCAGUGUCUUCGGUCUGCAUCUGAUGAAAACUCUGGAAUCGAAAGCUUGGUUGAGGAGCUUUGCUCCAAACUCAAGGACAUCCAAACCAAACAGAAAGAGAAAGAAAAGCAAACCAGUAAGAAGUCAGAUGGCUCUCAGUCCCCCGAACUAGCUGAAUCCCCUUCUUCUAAAGACCAGGUGGAAAUGUACUAUGAGGCAUUUCCACCGCUCUCAGAGAAACCUGUUUGUCUCCAAGAGAUUAUGACGGUGUGGAACAAGACAAAAGCAUGUGCAUACUCUAGCUCGUCCUCUUCUGCUGCCCCCCAGACAAGUACCGACACAUCCUCCCCGAAAGACUGCAACAGUGAGGGCGAAGCCACCAAGGAGAGAACUCACGACACAUUCAACUCCGCCACCGUAACCAGCGAAAGGACCCAGCAGCGGCGCAGCAAGAAAGAGAAAGAGAAUCGUUAUCACGGAGGCGCAGCUGGGGUGACGGAGGACCGGGUCACCUCUCACAGCAAAAAGCAGACAAGGCAUCGUUCUGAGGGAAAGUUCCGCCCUCGGUCUUGGUCCUCUGGCUCCAGUGAGGCUGGCUCCAGCUCCAGUGGUAACCAGGGCGACACAAAAUCAUCUGGCUGCAAGGCUGCCCGGAUCAGGCACAAGUCACGGGAGGCUAGCAGUAGGAGCAAGAGGGGUCGCAAUAGCGGACAAGUCAAACAAGUCGCGAAGGGAGUUGUUAAGGAGGAGCGGAGGAAUGGAGGAGGAGGAGGCGGCGGCAGCAGCAGUAGCGCCACUGGAGGCCCUGCCAAGCAGCCGCAGCUCUUUCCGAAAAAGAGCAAGAGAUUGCUGAAGGAGAUCCGUAAAGAUACUGGCUGGGGGGAGACAAAGGACCCUGGCAGUGAUGUCAGGAACAAAAAAGAAUACAUGGAAGAACCUCUGUGGUACACAGAGCCCAUUACUGAAUAUUUUGUCCCCUUCAGCAGCAGGAGGAGUAAACUUGAGACAAAGUACCGGAGCAAGCUAGAGUCCCCCGACUGUGCUAUCGUGUCCACUGAUUUGGAUCGGUUAGCAGAGAGAGUCCAAGGGAUCUGUAUUGCAAACUCUGGCUUUCAGAGAGCAUACCUUGCCGCAGGAACUUUCGUGGAUGGGCACUUUGUGGAAGUGCCCGGCGAAGAGGUUGAGGAGGAUACUGAACUCAACGGGACCUCAAGCUGCCCUCCUCCUGAGGAUAGUCGAAAUUUAGAUGACGAGCAUCUGUCUGAAUUCACUCACUUCUAUGAAGUUGAUAUUUACCAAUCCAUAUUGGAUCCUUGUGCCUCAGAAUCAGUACAGGAAAGUCGGAUUUUGAACAUGAUUCGACAAAAGAGCAAAGAGCAAAGAGACUUUGAGGCAGAAUGUUGUUUAGUGUUAGAUGGCCUUGAGCUGCAAGGGGAAAGUGCAAUAAGGGUGGACACGUUGGGAGCUUCAGCAGCAGAUGCCUUCCUCUCACAGGAUCUGGAGAACAUAGCUCAAGUUUGGGAAUGCUGUUCGUCUUCUAGCUCUGAAGAUAUAGAAGGAGAAAGCUUUGCGGGGGACUCUCCGGCUCGGCUCUCCCCAGUGUUUGGCAGCGUGCCGUUUAACAUGAGCAGACUCCCUGGAAACCUUGAGGAGUGUCACCUCCAAGAGACCAGUGGCAACGCGCCUGGUCUGGAUUCUUCCUGCUUCUCGCUUUUUGAAUUGCAGUACGAUAGCCCGACACUUCCUUUUCCCUGCGACUCACUCACAGUUGGUCAUGAUAACACAGAUUCAAGUAGCUGUCUAGAUCCACACGGAAACAAGCAGUCUCGUUUGCUAAUAUGGACCAAAAAUAGUGCCUUUGAUGAAACUGAACACUGUUCAAACCUUUCGACGCGGACCUGCAGUCCAUGGUCCCACUCGGAAGAGACGCGUUCAGACAACGAGCAAACCAGUGCUCAGGUAGAGGAGUCAGCUCAAUUUGGCAAUGAAGAGAUUAUAAUCCCUCCCAUCCCAGCUUCGUACCUAGAGGAGGAGAUCCUCGACUUCCUGCAGGAGGAUGUUAGCCAACAACGAGAUGAGACCAGCUUAGGCACAGUUUCCAACCAGAACUUUAAAAAGAAAUCAAAACUGGAGUCAGUUUGUGGUAUUGCAUUAGAGCAGGACGAGAGCAAAGAGUUCAACACUGGCAUGUUUCCAGAUGACGCAAACCAACAGAGUGACGACUACAGCUCAGGGAUAAUAAAGGACAUUUGGACCGCUAUUGGCGACAGAGAUUCUGUUGUAACACUAGGAGAGGAGCCGGGCAAAUCAAGUAGCUACCACUGCUGUUGUCUCAAUGUGGAGGUAAAAGGGGGCCCUGCUGAGGGACCCCAGAAGAAGGCAGUGCAGCGCUCUGAAUACCACUUAUGGGACGGCCAAAAGGAAGACCAGGGACUGUCCAAAAACAAGCUCUCCAAGAUGGAUGGUGGGGAUUACACAACACCAGCCAAACCCUGGGAUGUGAACCCAGACAAAGACAGCACAUCAUUCAUCUUGGGAGGGGUUUAUGGAGAGCUGAAGACUCUUAGCGGAGACCAGGACUGGGCCGUGGUACCUCCUGGUGAUGCCCGCGACAGCCUGCUGCAAUGCGCCGCGGCGGCAGCAGCCUCUGCCUCUGAUGUGGUAACCAUUGCGGGUACAGACGUGUUCAUGAACACGGGCAGUUGCUUUGCUCCAGGCCACAAGCCCCUCUGGAGACCUCUGGUGUCCCUCGGCCAGAGCGAACAAGGUGGCAAAGGAGUGGGAGAUGGAUUGAAUAAGGGAUUUUCUUUCAUCUUCCAUGAAGAUUUACUGGGAACUUGUGGCGGUUUCCACGGAGAUGAACCUGGCCUGGAUUACCAGUUCUCGUCUUUUGACCUGAACAAUCCCUUCUCCCAGGUCCUCCACGUGGAGUGCUCUUUUGAGCCUGAGGACAUGGCCUCGUUCAGCCCUGGAUUCAAACCGAAGUCCAUAUUGUGUUCGGAUUCAGAAAAUGAAACCUUCCGCCCACAGAUCUAUGGCAUUAACCGGACACAGUACCGGGCCAUCCGCAUCUCCCCCAGGACUCACUUCCGGCCCAUAUCCGCCUCGGAGCUGUCUCCGGGUGGGGGUAGUGAGUCGGAGAUUGAGUCCGAGAAAGAGGAGAUGAGUCUUCCCGUCCUGGCCCAGGCGGAUGUCUUUGAUGACCCACAGGCAGACCUCAAGCCUCUGGAGGAGGAUGCGGAAUGCGAGGGCCCGUACUAUGGGAAGUCCGAACUGGAAUCUGGGAAGUUCUUGCCCAGGUUAAAAAAGUCUGGCAUGGAAAAGAGUGCCCAGACGUCACUGGAUUCACAGGAGGGUGGGGGCACCCUCCUGCCAAUCCCAGAGCAAGAGGUUUGCAUGGACUGCGAAAUGGCGGCAGCAGCAGCAUCAAUGUCGAGUUCUCACGCAGAGGUCUCUGACAAGAUCGACAAAGAGGAAUCUUGCAGAGAAAGGGAGGCUUGCAGAUAUGCUGCAGCUGGUCAGAUCCCUAAAUUUGGGAAAACAUUCGACAUUGUUGAAGAUUUGCAUGAGUUUCCCCUCUUAAAUAUCGGAGGACAGGGCAGGACAGAUAGCCAGCAGGAGGAGUGCUGGUGGCAGAACACUCUCUGUUCUCCUCUCUUCCCAGGAUCUCAGUGUACAGGCAGCAGUAAUAUGUGACACUGCAUGUCCACAGAGAGGCGUGCUGGCGCUAAGAGAAGGAUGCUCUCCUUCCCCUUUCUUCUCUCUCCCUUCCACUCCAUCACUACAGACCUAGAGGGGGAAGGGGACCAACAUAAGGACAGCAAAGCCAGGGCCCAUUGCCCUCUCCUCCCAUCGCCCAUUCAGCCCUAACUCCAGCUGAUUCUUAUUCAUUAACUCAAACCUUGUGUAAUCAAUAACAACCUAAAAAAGAGAGGAAAAAAAGGAAAAACUUGCUAAAAAAAAAAAUACAUGUUAGACAUGUCUUCAGGUGAUGCCAUAUCUGAAGAUAUAUAUUUUAGGUUUGUUUUAGUAUUCUUAUUUCAGGAUAAAUCUUUAAAAAGGAAAAAAAGCAUUAAAAAAUACAACUGUCACAGUUAGGCUAUAGGGAUGACAUUGAUUUUUUUUCCCCCCCUCAUCAGUUUUUGCAGAACUCUUUUGCUUUUGAGCUAGGAUACUGGUAGCAGUGGUGUCCUAAUGGUUGUGCAUGUGCUAGUCUCACUCCUAUUACUAGUGUAACUGCUACAGUUUUGCAACCUGACCGUGAUGUUGCUGUUUCGGAACACAGGUUGAAAGCACCACAAUUUCAUCCGAUUUCUUUUUUUCUUUUUUCCUUCAUUUCUUUCUUACAGUCUGCCCCCUCUAUUAUCUCUUUCUUAACCCUUAAACCUCCAGAGAGCACGUAGAGCAUGGAAAUGUGAUUGGUUUGGUGUGUGACACUGAGAAUUUUUUUUUUUCCCGGUGCAUGUGUGCCUCUCUGAAUGCAAAGAUGGAUAUAUAUGGAAUGUGAGUGACUGUCCUAAAAAAAAACAAAGCAAAACAGUUAUCUUUUAACAUUUUCUCCACAAGAGUGCAAGAUAUUGACAGAGCUAUUUUUGAAUGAUGACAGAUAUUUUUUUUCUGAGCUUUAGAAGUAGUUGUAUGGUCUCUGAGGCAAAAAACCCCCCCCACAAUGCAUAGAUUCAUCUUCCAAAAAGAAGUCAUGAGUGGAGGGGUUCUUGAAGAGAAAUAUUUACUUUUAUUCAGGGUAGAGAAAGAAAUAUUUUCAACACAUAUAAAAUACAGAAACUAAAGUUGCAAAAAAAGGAUGAGGGGAAAAAACCAGUUCAAAGGGGUUUAAUGACCCUGUGCUACAACCUCUUUAUAGCCAUUGUUUUGGAGACACCUAGUGGGUGUGAAAGUCCAUUUUUUUCUCUUGUUAUUAUUUAAUUAACUCCAUAGUUCUGGAAAAUUGGUGCUAUAAAUGCGUUAAAAGACUUCUGUAGCAGUUGCAGUUGGAUAUUGUGGCUGUGAUUUUGUAGAUCCUAUAGUUUUGUUUGUUGUCUAAGCAGAGUGUAAGGAGCAAUUGAUACUGAAGUUAUCCCCCGAGAAAAAGAAAAAGGAAAAAAAAAGUUAUAAAAGAAGCAAACAAAAAAAGAGUAAGAAAAAAAAAAGAACUGUGUGACUGCUGAUGGUUCUUGCUUCAUGUGGCUUGGUUUUAUUUUGCAGAUCAUUUUAAACUAGUGUUUCAACAAGCCUAUAAUACAGUCGUUGUUAGGAAUAUUUGAUUUUUUUUUUUUUUUAAUUUCAAGUCUGUACUCAGAUUCAUACAGUCAUUUGCAGAGACAGCUGUUCCUUCUGUUUCUAGCUUGAACAAGCUCCUCUGCAAGGUCCAAAAAAAAAAAGACUGAAAAAAAAGCCAAUAAGAUGGAAUUUACAUAACAUAGACACUACAAACUAUAAAAUAAUUUAAGGGUGGGGGUGUGAUGUGGUGAAUUCAGAACUGCACAAUGGUACAAAGAUGAAAGAGUUUCCUUUUUUUUGAGGUGUGUUAUGUUUUUGUUUUUGAAGUAACCUUGCUGUAUAUUGUUUUCAGAAAUAAUCAACCUCUGUGUUUGUCUGUAUGUUUGUAUGGGUCUGCAUUGAACACGUGUAGGCUGGAGCGAAACAUUUAAAAAAAGAAAAAAAUGACUGUGUGCUUGAACUUUAUCAAGUGAAAAUGCAAAUGUAUGCAAAUCACACUUCACUUGAUGGCAAAAUUCUAUGUGAUCCCCCCAAUCCUGUUGCACACCAAUAAGUCUACAGAAUUCAAAUGUGGUCGGAUUGAUGAAAUUCAUGACCUGUGUGUGUUCACCGUUUUUAAGUACCUGGUUUAUAUUUCAAGUGUGUUAGACAUGUAUGAAGAGUGGAUUUCUUAUUUGUCUUCCAGGUGUGUAUCCUCCUUUUUUUAUUUCUCUCCCACCAAAAAAAAAAUUUUACAUGCUCUUAUUUCAUUCAAAGUUGAAAGAACAGGCAACAAAAGCCACCAUCCUUCUGUCCAUCCUACCAUCAGUCCAUCCAUCCAUACAUUAAUGUGAUUCUCUCACUGUAACUGUCCGAAUGUGUUUGCCAGCAAUGCGUGCGAAUCUGCUAGCGCACUCCCUCAGGUUUGGGCUCCUGUGGAAAAACAAACAAACAAAAAAAAAAAAAACCACGCCUCAGAUGUCUCUUGAUCCAAAGGGUGUUUUAAAAAAAAAACAAACACCAAAAACGUGGUUGUAAUUUUUAUUUUAGGAUGGAGCACAUACCAUGAUUGAAUUGAACAAGUACAAGAAAUAAUAACUUCUGAUAAGGGGGAAAAAUAAAAAGAGAGAGAGAGAGACACGGUUGACUAUUCGGUCAGAUUUGAUGAGACAGUUUCUUAGCGUUAGAGAGUGCAUCAGCUGCUUUAAACAUUAUUCAUUAAACUCUUGAGACAAAUGUUUGAUCCCAGAGCUCGACUGAUUGAUUUGGACAAAAAAGCUUGUUUGGAAAUGGCUGGUAUCUCUGCAUCCGUUCAGUUUUCUGACAUGUGACAUGUUCAGUACUUACAGGUGGAGAGAAAUCAUUUUGGAGCAGGCAGCCAUGUUGAGAUUGCAUUUGGAUACAAGGAAGAGCUGGACGUAGGCAGGUCUAAGACCAUAUGCAUUAUCUCAAAGGAUGAAGGCUCCAAACAUUAUAGAUAUAUUAAUUUUUUUAGAUAAUAUUUUACUUUAUUUUGCAUGAAAUGUGCUUUUGAGUGAAGGAGAAUGGAGAUGAGAUUUAAUAGUCGAAUCAGUUUGAUGUGACCUUGCACUCCCUUUGAGUUAAGCUAGAACAAGUUGUUUUGGAAACACAAAUAAAUAGGAGAGGGGAUGUUUCAGUUAAAUUUUUUUUUCUUUCU